GUAAUUUCUCCAUACCCCGUCUUUGCCCGCCACAGCCUGUAAAUAGAGGCUGGCGUAGGGUUCGAACGUGGUUUUUUAUCGCACAAACCGGCUGCCCUUCUCCACCAGAGAGAGAGGGAAGAAGUUCACCAAAAAAGCAAAUCCCAAAUCGUUUUCAUUCAAUAUAUCAUCUAUCUGGCAACGUAUCUGGUUUCCUUUGUUAUAGAGGUUUGGGAUUUGAGCUCCGAAUUAUUAAUUUGCUAAGCUGUAAUUAGGGCUUUGGGACACUAUUUCUUCUGGAUAUAUCGUGGUCACAUUGAGCUAGAGGAUCGGACAUUUAAGCGCUGAAUUAUAAUAGGUGGAAUUUUAGUUAGGGCUUUUAUUCUGGGUAUUGGGAGUUGAAGUGAAGGUAGAUUAUUGGACAUUUAGGCUUAAUUCUUUAUUUGAGGGUUGGGAUUUAAGCGUCGAAUUUAUAAUAGGAGAUAUUUUAGUUAGGGUUUUGGAAACAAUUUCUUGCGUGUAGAAAUGGAGGGAGAUGAUCGGACGUUUAGGCUUAAUUUUACGAGCGAAGGAGUGGUGAAGCUUCGUGACCAAGUCACCGAGAAACUCAAGGAGUUCAUGGGCGACUACACUGAUGACACUCUUGUGGAGUAUGUUAUAGUCUUGCUAAAAAAUGGAAGGCAUAAGGAUGAAGCAAAGAAUGAGUUGAAUGUAUUUUUGGGAGAUGACAGUGACUCUUUUGUAUCUUGGCUGUGGGAUCAUUUGGUAUCAAAUCUUGAUUUAUAUGUGCAACCACGGGAACCUCAUCCAAAUAUAGCCCCCAAAAUAAAAUCCACAAUUGGGGAGCAGGUUGUAAGAAAUGAUUUGCAUCAGAUCAAGUCUACAGGAAAGAAUGAAAAUAUUAUUAAAACCCCUAGAACCCGUCACAAACGGGAGUGGAAAACUUCGAGGGAUGAAGAUCAAGUCCCCCCUCUUAGAAGCUCUGUGAUAUCCAGUGUCAACGCUGAUGAAGAACCUCAACGAGAACUUCGUCCGACAAAACAAUCUCUUUCUCCACAGCUGAAAAUUCAGAAAAAACGAAGACGUCCUGAGGAGAGAGAACUGAAAAAGGAAGAAGUUUCUCAGGCUUCCAGUGAUGCACCACGGAGGCUACUGCAAUUUGCAGUAAGAGAUGCUGUUGCUACUUCUAGGCCAUCCAAUUUAACCGCUGAGCCUUCUCUUAAACGCCUCCGAUCAGUAGUUUCUACUUCGAAAGGGGACUCAUCCCUUGAAGCAGGCCCUCAGAGAAUUCGAUCUGUAGCAGGCGUGCGUACUGCCAUGUCUGCUGCUAUUAAAGCCGUCACAGAAGCUGCAAAAGAUGUAAGCAGAGUUAGAUCCUCGGGCAAUGUGUUUGAUAGGCUUGGUCGUGCUACUGAUGAUUUGAAUACCUAUGACCAUGUAAAAGGGUAUAGAGAAGGCACUACUGAAAAUAGAGAAGGUGGAGCUUUUAAUGAUGUAAUGGAGGACAUUCAUUCUGCUUAUCUCCAGAGAAAUGACUUUUCUAGACAGUAUGAGGGAAUUGUGUCAUCAUUCCGAAGUGAGAGAGUUAUCACUUCGGAUUCAGCAUAUAGUGAUGAAGCUUAUGAUAAUGAUAAAACAAUGGAUAUAACUCAGCCAGGCACAUCUCAUGGAAAUAGGGGUGAUCACUCUUUAGUUGUUCACUACGGUGGUUCUGAUGAUGCAGAUGAAAUAGUGGGUAGACCACAUGGAAAUCAGGAUCAGCCAGAAACCAUGCCCAAUAUAGCUCAUAAAAUUGUUAGUUCAUCUGUAACAACGAAUCUCAGGAAACCUCCUAAUUAUCAGGAGGUAAGGAAGGUUUCAGAGGUUGAUAGUCAGAAAUUAAUAGAAGAGAGUAAUACAGUGGCUGCUAAUUCUGGAGUGCAAAUGCAGUUGAUGAAGGAGAACAACAAUCUGACAGUAUCGGUUAAUGGAAGAAAUGUGAAAGUGCAUACAGAUCUGCAAAAAGAGUCACUAAAGAGUCAGAAAUUGACCCCUGGUUUAAAUUCUAUUGUUGCACCCUGGGAAGAUGCUGAUUCUCGAACUAUCUUUGUCAGCAAUGUUCAUUUUGCUGCCACUAAGGACAGCCUUUCACGGCACUUUAAUAAGUUUGGAGAAGUCCUAAAAGUGAUCAUUUUGACCGAUCCAGCUUCAGGGCAGCCAAAAGGGUCAGCUUAUAUAGAGUUCAUGAAGAAAGAAUCAGCUGAACUUGCUCUUUCUUUGGAUGGCACCUCAUUUAUGUCACGCAUUCUCAAGAUAGCAAGGAAAAGCUCUGCGCAACCUGAAAAUGCAUCCGUCUCGACUUGGCCUCGUAUUAGUAGAGCAUCCCUGUUUCCAAUUCCUAGAUUUAGCAGAGUUCCUUUUGCAAGAGGCAUUCCCAAUGUAUACAGGGCUCGUGUACCAAUCAAGCCAGGUGCAAGGAGUUUUCAGUGGAAGCGAGAUGCUCAGUCCACUGCAACUGAGAUGUUGGGUCAAAAUGGAAAUAGUGUUGUUCCAUCACCCACUACUCGAAGUCUAACGUAUGUUCGAACUGAACCUAAAACAAAUGGAGGUUCUAGCGUUGCUUAGUUUGGCAAAUAAUAUUUUGGCCCAGCAAUGAGGGAAAUUUUGAAUUGGAGGGUUCAAGUCUAAUGAUCAACUUUAUCAGGACAGACUGGGUUAUUUUGGUUGAUCAGAGACAUUAGCCAUGUUGGGAGAUGGGCUUUGUGGAUUAAAGUUGAAGAGAAUUCCAGUUCUUUCGGCUUUACUUUCUCUAAGAAUUAGUGUUUUGAGUGGUCUCUUAAUUAAAAAAGCAAUCAUUGCUUAUGUAUUUUGUAAAUAAAUGAGACAGAAUCAAGACGUUUAUUAUUUCAGUAUUGUUUUUCCAUAUUCCAUAGUAUAGAAAAUCAAAAAAGAAGUGGAACUGGCAGAACCUCGGUGAGCUGCAUUAUUGUUUUUCUCAUGAAUUGUUCACAUUAAGAAAGUUAUAUUUUUGGAGAAUGCAAGUUCUUUUUAUCA